CUGAAAACUUAUCCCAUGUCAUAAUGAGUAAUGGAAAUGAAGUACUUCCCGAACACCAUCAUGAGAAAUUGGAACAAAUUAUUUUUAAACUGUAACGUUUCUGGCACCAGUCUGCCUCUGAAUCCUGAAAAUGUAGGAGUCCUUAAAGCCCUCACAGGUCUAUUGGCUGCUUUUCCUGCAACAACCCCACAAGAAGAAAAACAGGCCUUAUUAAAACCACACUCUUAAGAAAUGUGAGGCGACAAAAUGGAAUUAAACUCUACUGCAUUUAUAAACACAUCCCCCCCGCCUCCCCGGCCAAUAGGCUUAAACAGCCUAUCACAGUAACCCGGUGGAUGUACAAUUUUGCAGAAUUAAUCACUUUUAUUUAUUUGAUUUUUGGGUCCCCCCCCCCUUUUCUUUUUUUGAGGCUCUGAUUCAGAUCUUCCGCGUAAGAGAGAGAAAGCGAAGAGGUUGCAUAACAAGGUUUUUGUGCCGCAUCGGAUUCGGCGGCUUCCCUCGGCUGCGCAUCCCGCCUCCCUCCUUGGCGGUUGCCAUGGGAACCACAUCCUCUCUGGACCACCUUGCCUUCGACCCACAAACGCAGCCACCCACCCACCCCCACACACGGAGACACACAUGGAGACUGGCAGCCACCAGCCCUUGCUCAGUCUCUGUGUUGAGCUCUGCGGCCACGAGCAGUCCUGUGAUGGCCAGCUUGGCCCCCGGGGAUGGCCUGCCCCCGGGGCCUCUUCCAUCUGGGGUCUUCCAGGGACCGCCGAGCUCCCAGCCCUCCCAACAUGCUCAGGCCCCUCUGGCCAACCCUGGCGCCAUGAUGAUGGGCCCUCAUAAUCAGCCGUUCAUGGGUUCGCGCUUCCCCGGCGGACUCCGGCCUUCGCUCCGCAUGCCCAGUCAGCCACCGGUCGGAGUGCCCGGGUCCCAGCCUUUCCUGCCGGUUGUGAUGGACUCGGCUGCCCGAGCCCAUGCCAGCGUGGGACCUGGGCCGUGCAUGACCCCCCCACGGGGUAUGACAGGGGUGGUGCCACAGAGUUACGGAGGUGGGAUGAGGGUCCCUCCGGGGUCCCUGGCUGGCAUGCCCACCCUGAGCAUGGGUCCUGGCAUUCGGGGGCCGUGGCUGAAUAUGAACCCAAACGCGGGGCCGUUUUCCUCUCCUUCUCCUGGCAGUUAUGGGGGCCCCACCGGAGGCAGCGGGCCCCCUGGCACCCCACUGAUGCCCAGCCCCGGAGACUCCACCAAUUCUAGCGAAAACAUGUAUGUGAUGAACUCCACCGGGCCCCCGGGGAGCCGGCCCAGUUUUUCCAUGGGAGCCAGCCCUGAAGGCCCCGUAGCCAUGGAGCCCCACCACCUGAAUGGGUCCUUGGGUCCGGCGGAAAUGGACAGUCUGCCCAAGGUGAGGGGGUAGGGGCCAGGGAGCAGGGGGUGGGUGAUCUCAGACACCUGGGGGGGCCCUGAAUGUUAAGGGAGGGGGACACUGCCUGCAUUAUUUCAAAGAGAGGGGCUUUUUUAUAUGAUGGCUCCCCAAAUUCCACCGGGGUUCACCCCUUGGAAAGAACCCCAUUUUCGAACUGUUCUGCACCCAGGGAUUUCGAAGACGAUGCCGGCUGCGAGGGUUCCUCAAAAGCCCACAUUCUGCUGAAGGGGGGGUUCUCCACCCUUAGGACGACGUUUUGGGGCGUCUUGGCCAGGGCCGAAUGAUGAUGCA